AAAUUCACAAGGCGAGUUCCAAAGUAACACUUUAACCGGAGAGGCGUGUCUAAGCCACAAAUACACAAAACACAAUUCCACACAUUCAACAAUUUACACAGAUCCAAGCCAUUGCUCUCUCGUAACGAAGCAAAAAGACGGAGAAGGGGAAAAUAGAGUCGUCAGGAAGGAAGAGGAGGAAGGAGGGUUCAAUCGACGAAGAGAAAGGGAAACACCAUCGCCGUCAUCAACGCGAGCAGAAGAAGUCUAAGGAAAUGGCAACGAAGCAGCAAGUUAGGGCAUCCCACAUCUUGAUUAAGCACCAGGGUUCUCGCAGAAAGGCUUCCUGGAAGGAUCCAGAAGGUCGCGUUAUCCUUAAUACUACCAAAGAAUCUGCUAUCUCUCAACUCAAAUCUCUUCGAGACGAUAUUCUUUCUGGAAAGGCCAACUUUGAAGAUGCCGCUUCUCGAAUCUCCGAUUGCAGCUCCGCCAAGCGUGGCGGCGAUCUAGGUCUUUUUGGUCCUGGUCAGAUGCAGAAGCCUUUUGAAGAAGCAACAUUUGCUCUAAAAGUUGAUGAGAUAAGUGACAUUGUCGAGACUGACAGUGGAGUCCACAUCAUCAAGAGAACAGAGUGAGUUGCUCAAGUGAAACAAUUACCUACCAAUGUUGUUCAGCCUGCCUGCUGUUCUAAUUGUGUGUUGUUUAAUUGACUUGAAAUUUUCAAGAAGAUAAGUGCCUUUGUUCUGAUGAACUCUAGAUGGGAUUUAAAGCUGGACCAUGUUGAUCCAGUGAUAAUGGUUCUUUACUUUCACAUGCUUGGUUUCUUUUUUGUUUGAAAAAACUACUGUAGCUUGUUCCUUUUUUUACUCCUAUUUUAUCAUUAAAGAUUUGGUCCUUUUCUUUAUUGAUAGUAA